UGGGCAGCUCCCCGGAUGCGGCUGUGAUUGACUGUACCAGGCAGAAGAGAACGCUAGCUAAGUGGCGGUGCUGCAGCCCCAGUGGUCGUUGGCAGGAUGCAGACCAUAAAAUGUGUGGUGGUUGGCGAUGGGGCAGUGGGGAAAACUUGCCUUCUUAUCUCAUACACCACUAAUGCCUUCCCUGAAGAAUACAUUCCAACGGUGUUUGACAAUUAUAGCGCCCAGAUGAGCGUGGACGGCCGCACCGUCAGCCUCAACUUGUGGGACACGGCCGGCCAGGAGGAGUACGACCGCCUGCGUACUCUUUCCUAUCCUCAGACCAACGUCUUCAUCAUCUGCUUCUCCAUCGGCAGCCCCUCCUCCCACGCCAACGUCAGGCACAAGUGGCACCCCGAGGUGUCUCACCACUGCCCCAAUGUGCCCAUCCUGCUGGUGGGCACCAAGAGGGACCUGAGGGGUGAUGCGGAAACAGUGAAGAAGCUGAAGGAGCAGGGUUUGGCUCCCACCACCCAUCAGCAGGGAAACGCCCUCGCCAAGCAAAUCGGGGCUGUCAAGUACAUGGAAUGUUCGGCGCUGCUGCAGGAAGGCGUCAGGGAGGUGUUUGCGGAGGCCGUCAGAGCAGUGUUGUAUCCCGUCACGAAAAAGAACACCAAGAAAUGUGUGCUCUUGUAAUAACGCUUCCUGGAUUUGGAUUGUGGAGAUCCACAGAUGCGAACGAUGGCUGCUUCCAUGCCACCUCGAGCAGUUUGCUCACUUCUUUUCAGCUCCUUUUUCAUCUUCGGGAGGGCUUCAUCCUUACGACGCCAUCAUCACCAAAGUGACUUUGACGAAACGGGGGCAAAAAAGUGGAUCUUGUAUUUUUCUUACCUUUAAAAUUUUGAUAUUUACCCGUUCUUCACGUUACACUUGAUCUAGAUUUAUAGCGUCCCUGCUUUGCCUUUCUAAACAAAUGCUGAUCAUGGUUGUCACAAGCCAUCUAAACCAAGCUGCCCUAUUUGACUGGAGAGAAGAGAUCUACUGUUGUUUAGGUGGAGAACUAGUGACUACCUCAUACUCUAAACUUAGGUUGCAUCUCAUGAGUCUCAAGCAACUGCAUUUUGACCCGGGCUAUUAAUUAGGCGACACGGCUGAGCAGCCUUUUUUCCAAUUCAAACAACUUGAGUCCAGAAAAGGGCAGAAUGAAGUCUAGAUGAGAGCCAAUUCCCAGUAGGCGCAGAUGUGCUGAGUCUGGGGUGUUGGAAAGAGAACUUCAGGUCGUAGCACAGCCCUCUUGGGUCUCUUCUCAGUACGCAGGCGGUCUUCUCCUUCAGAAAUGUGCCUAAGCAUGACCCUUGAAAUAAGAUGGGCCUUUGACCCCAUUUUCCUUGAUCAGUUUUCUCAGAAUGUUCUGAACUCCUGUUUCUUUGGCAGCGCUGGGAGGUGGUGGCCAAGUGCAGAUGUAGCUAGCUAGCUUUACAUAGUCAACAGCAUUUCAGUCUUUUAGACAGCAACGGCGCCUCUGCUGGUUGCAGCCAAGUAAUGCACUCCAUAUUGCCUCUUUUGCUAGCCAAUGGAUUUUGUAUGCCCUUCUUGCUUCAUAUUUACAGAAACUCUAUUUUCUGAACAUGUUGAAGUUCCUCCUCAAAUGUUUUUAAGUGGCCAAAGUGGAAUAUAUAUUUUUGUAAUCACUUAUGUUUAUUGGAUCUUAAAGGUGGUAAAACCCACACUUGCAUCAUGACUGCCUCCAUGCAUGAAAUGCUAGCAGACGACUAUGAAUUACCCCGCAAAUACCGAAAUACAAUGGAACCUGCAACAUUGAACAAUUUCUGUUAGUUUCUCCAAUUUAGAAAACAAAAUCUCUCUUUGUAAGUUGAGUUAAUGUGUUCCAGAGUCAAGCUGUCGCUGUCAGUAAUUCUUUAUCUACUCUGGAGCAAUUGUUUCAAGUAACAUUUUAACAUUCCUACCGGUAUCAUGCUGCUACCAGCCCUAUUUUUUUGCUGCUGAUCUCAACCACCUAAGGCGAAGCAAAAUCAAACAUUAAGUCCUCGUCACCAGUAGUUGUUGCUAUACUGUGGCAAUUUAACACAUUGCAGGAUCAUCAUCUGGGUCAGGAAAUAAGGUCGCAAAUGAAAUUUCAUGAAUCCAAACUGCUAGAGAUAUCAUUACUGUGAGUACUCAAGACUGAAGAUGCACACUAGUAUUAGUCUGAAAAAGCGUGCUAUCAAACAUCCCUAGAUGCCAGCUAGAUUGGUAAUGGAGACGAAUUAUUGGUGAGCCUUUUUAUCAUUUUCAUCCUCGUCCUUUGCUGUCUUUUUUUCCCCCCCAGCCACAUGCUGCUCAUAGUUCUCAUGCUGAACAGCAUACAGAAACUUGUUCCCAAAGUUGCAUUUCUGGUUUUGGUGAUUAUCAUAUUCCCCGCCAUUUCCGCCACCCUCGUGUUAAUUUUGGGCUAUUUGACUUUACAGGUUCCAUUGUAUGUGAGCAGUAUUGCAAUAUAUAUUUCUUAUCUUAAAAAUAAUUUCAUUACUGAAAAAGGGCUAUUACUGCUGCGGUGUGCAUUUUUUGCAGCAUGUUGCAGCACCCAAACUGUCAUGAUUGAUGGUAGAAGUGUUGGUGCGGUCAGGAUGCCUUAUCCAAACCAAAAGCCACAGUGGGGCUCCUUUGACAAAGUUUGUCAUUUUAAUGCCACAAAGAGCUCCAAGCCGUCAUGCUAUGACUUUCAUAUUUGGUCAUUGAAGCCUUACUUUCUUCCUGCCAGUAAGCACACUGCAGCGCUCUAUAAAACAGCUGCAGAAUUGACAUCUCAGUGCGCCACAACCACACUUUUUCUUUUUUUUUUUUUUUUUAACUCACUGUGGUUUAUAUGCCUGCAUUGGUGGAUGUGGUGCAGCAAUAACUGCAUUGGUGGAAGGUGCCUUGUCAGUUUAAAGAUUUGUGUUUAUCGUUAGAAUAAGCGGUUGCUUUCUUUUAGCAUCAAUAACUGUUUCAACUGUGGAGUUAAUUGUAUUAAACCGGUCUGUUGUGCUCUGUAACAACCUAAGCGCAAUAACAGCAAAAGGGCUGAAAUUUAAAUAAAAACAUUGUGUUGAAUGUAAGUGCACAAUUAGAAUAACUGUGGUCAACUUUUUUUUUUUUUUUUUAAAUAUAUAUUUUGUAUUCCCCUUUAACCGGAUGUCCAGAUUUCAUUCAAAUAAUAUGAUGGAAGUGGAACAUGCACCUGUGGGCUCUCUGUCGUCUGCGUCCCAGUGCUGUUUGCUACGGCGCGCGUGGUACUACGCUUUUACACUGGGAACUUGAUUUGUAGAGAUCUGUAAUUGUAUUAUAUAUAACAAAGCAUAUUUGUAUAAAUGAACUAACAGUGAGAUGAUUUUAAAUUAUGCUAAAUAAAAUGGUCGUUCAAACCAG